AUGGCCGACUACUCUUCAUCUACUACACAGAGCCAGGCGCUCAUCCGUCGGUCGACCGAUACACAGCUCAUGCCGCCACCUCCUGCAAAGCGUAUCAAACGCCCUCCAAAGGUCCUCGACGAAGACAGCUACACGACAGCAAUAUCUGACAUCAUCGCCCGCGACUUCUUCCCUGGCCUUACAGAAGCAAAACAUCAAGAAGAAUACCUCGACGCUCUCGCGUCAAACGAUAAAGAAUGGAUCGCCUCUGCUGGACGGAAGCUCUCGGAGGUUAUGACGGGAUCGAGGGUAAAGCACCGACAUAGUACUCCAUCUUUACGAUCAAUGGCAGUCGAUGCGACACCUUCGGCGCGUGGAUUCGAUACACCGAUGAGCACACGCGAUGACAUGAGUAUCACAAGUGCCUCAAGUUCAAACCCAAUGCAGAAAACCUAUGAAGAUAAACUAUCGCUCGAUAAUUUCCAAUCGAAGUAUACAUCCGAGGAUAAUGCCAGUUUCAACGACCUCCUCGACGACCAGAACCAAAAGCGACGGGAUGAGUACGGUUGGCUCUGGCGGGGGAAUCAAAUCUCGAAACCUUCCGUGAUCGCUGAAAGGGAACGACAAAAACUAUUAAAGGAGAAAGAAGAAAGGGAAGGUGUUGACAAAACAAAGUUAUUGGAAUAUCAGGAUAAACCAGCAAUGCCAGAGACUUGGAAAGUUAAUCCGAGGAACGGAUUCAUGUUUACACCCGCAAAUUUGGACGAUGCAAUGUUGGAUCCUGACCUUAACCCUGCUACGAAUACGGAAUCCAGAGCGGCACCGAAGGGUAUAUCUCAUGCGAAUACAAGGAUGCCGCCACCUAAGGAGGCUCAUGCCGUACCACCUUCGCCCUCGGUAUCUGCGAUACAAGCCGCUAUUUCGGGGAGGCCACGAUAUUCAGCAUCGGAUUCUUCAGUAGCUGGUGGUAGUGAGACGCCAAGGGUGAAUGGGUACUCUUUUGUUGACGAUGCUCCAUCCCCCUCGCCAUCCGAAUUAGGAUUGCCGCCGAUGACAUGGGGAACGGUCGAUGAUCUACUUCCCAGCGUUGAGGCCUCGCCGUCGCCGUUCAAGAUUAACGAGCAACCGAAAAGGGAGAGGACAUUACACAGGAUGGUGGACAAAGUGGCCAAAUCGAAACGGGCUUCUGCGAAAAUGAUGAUGCCAGGAACGCCGGGAGGAAGCGUGGCAGGGACACCAGUGGGCACAGCAAGAAGGUUAAGGACCCUUGGGAAUAUGACGCCCGCUGCCAAGGGAUUACUGGGAAAGAUUGGAACGGGUAGGAGCGACAGUGUAUUCGGUGGCACAGGAGGGAAGGACAAGACGGAUUUGAGAUAUAGAUGGGCACCGACUCCUAGAGCGGAUCGAAAGGCGGAUGCGACGCCGUUGAUUAAGAGGAAGUAA